AUUGACGUUCUAUACUGUCAAUGUUUCUGAGGAGGUCAUGUCUUGGUUCUACAUCGGCUAUAUCACAUUGAAACGAUGAGGUUUUGGUUCGAAUAAUAUUCCCGAAUAUCUUCGUAAACAAGCCGGGACCGCUAAAUCCGCACAAUUUGCUGCUGAGAUCUCUGACCACCAAACUUUUGUGUUCUAUCAAUUCCUUUUCACGAUGUUUCAUCUGUAUAGAUGUAGCCGAACUAUUAGUUUUUGUAUAUUAAGGCGCAACUUCAGUGCUCCUGUAGCUCCAUUUGCCUCUCUUGUAACCCCGGAUGAAGGAAAGUCAGAUGAAGAGAAAUAUACCGAAGAAAUUCCUAUCAAUCGGCAGAGGAACUCUCUGAAGGCAUCAGUGGUUGCUAGCAAAACAAAAAAUCCAAUAGUUGCUGCUGCAUUUGCCUCAUUGUUACACGACGAUCGAUUGCCGGAGAAGUCUAGCGGUUCAAUGGUUUCCAAUGAAUUGGAUGAGAAAAUUAUUAACGCUGGCACCGUAGAUAAUCUGUUAGCGAUUUCUGAACAAAGCAAAGUCACACGAAAACAGGCGUUAAAGAUUGUAUCGAUCUUGGCAGAAUGGAGUUCGAUUCAAAAGGUUAAAUUGCCGGAAUUCGAAAAUGAUAAUCGAUUCAUAAGAUUAUGCAGCAUACUAGGAAGAACAAAUAAUCGUAGCAAUAAUGGGGGCAAGAUAGUAUCGGCUGUUGGACGUGCGGCUUCUAUGCCUGCGGACGAUUUACAAAUGGUGUUAGGUGUAACAGCAAACGAUGAGGCGGCUAAGCUUAUUGCUGGAUUAACCAUGCCACAAAUGAUCAAGGUUAUGACAGCGCUAGCCCAAAAAAAGAAGCGUAGUACACCUUUGUUGCGAUCUCUGGCGUUUAAUAUAAGUAGCAACACGAGCCGGCUAAAUUUGAAGGAAUGUGGCGAUUUAUUAUACGCUAUGGCAAUUCUUAAUUUUCGAAACUCGGUAUUAACGGCUAGAGUGUGUGUUGACAUGGAGCAAGAGCUUUCGCAUAAUAUGGAUAAACCAGCACCGGUUGCGUCUAUUUUGACAAGUUUAAGUCUGCUAAGGUAUCGAGAUACAGCAACGUUAGAUUCCCUCUCUGAUUGGAUUGUUUCUCACAACGAAAUAUGUAAACCGUCGCACGUGAGCGCUCUACUCCUUUCUUUAGCUACACUUAGCUACGAGCCAUCCAAUAUGGACAGCGUUAAAACAAAACUAGUCAAUAAUUUGGUGGAAAGUGACUUUGUAAAAUCUGUCGACUGGUUGAACACAGUUUGGUCGCUGGCUGUACUUAAUUGCGUUUCACCACACCAUUUGGCCUCAGUGUUAAAUACGAACUUCAUAACGAACUUGGCAAAUGAACGAAAUGGCGAUUUGACACCAGCCACAAAAAUGAAGUUGUUAAAUCUUAAUGCUUUUGCCGCUGUGAAUCACGAGAGCUCAUCGGUUUUGAAUUUUGAAUUGAAUGUAGAUGACCCCAAGAUAUUUGUAGCGACUGAUCAUUCCAAGGAAAAGCGAAUAUUGAUUGCCGGUAUGCUGGACGCACUGAAAAGCCUUUUACCUUCGGAGAAUCACGUCAAAAUUAACCAGAGGACAUCGAUGGGGUUUGCUAUUGAUGCUGAAUGUGUGUUGGAUUCCAAGUGCUUACCGCUGGCGGUUGAUAGUGAACACCCAGACGCUAAACGUAUUGCCUUGCUUGUGCACGAUUAUCACGAUAUGUGUCAGGGACCACACCCUACAUUGAACGGAGUUCAAACACUUGUUUGUCGCCUAUUGAAGAAUAAUGGAUACUCCGUCCUAUCUAUUCCCUACAAUGAGUUCAACACAAGUGACAAAUUGUUAAAACGAGUAGAGUAUUUGCAGAAAAUGUUCAAAGCUAUCGUUAGUGAAAGAUCCUAGUUGUGUACAGUGAAUUGUUUUAUCGGUACUAUUAAUAAAUAGAUUCCAAAAUACAAA